AGAAGGGGGCGCCUCGAAGGCUAUAAUAGCGGCCAUGUUGACGUUGGAUACGACGGAAGAGAUUCAGGAAUAUGGCUGCAUGGCUCUUAUAAACCUUACUGCGGAUGAGUUGAACAACAAGAUUCGCGUGAAGAACAAUGGCGGCGUGAUGGCCAUCGUCUGCUGUCUCCAGAACUUCCACAACUGUUCCGACAUCGUGCUGUCCGCCCUCAAAACGCUUGGCAACAUCAUAGAGCUGGACGAGGUUUGUCGCCAGCUGGUUGACGAGGGCGGACUGAAGACGAUAGUGAACAUCGCCAGUAGAUACAAAGAUAACGGCGACAUCCAGCUGUUCGCCGCCAUGGUUUUGUCUGGACUCUCAGAAAUAAAAGAUCUGGGUUCUGACGUCAUACACACUGUGGACGCUGCUCUGAUGAGUAUAUGCUCACUGGAUGACCCGCAUUUGUCAAUGUACGCCUGUCAGGCCAUGGAGAACCUCCUCAAUACAGAACGUGGCCCGCGAACGUUCACGGACGAAAAACGCCUGGACGUCAUUCUGAAAAUGAUGAAAGAUUUCAGCGAUCACCCCGAGAUAAUCCGAGUCUGCUGCAAGAUCAUCGCCAUGCUGGCUCUAGUGGAGGACAUCAAGAAGGAAAUUCCGUACCAGGCCGUAUCCAUGGUGAUCGAGAGCCUCAAGAACUUCGUUCAGCUUGACGAUCUACAGAUUGUGGGAUGUGGUGCCCUGUCCAGUCUCAGUGAAAACAAUAAAACUCUUGCGCAGUCUAUAGUGGAGAACGACGGGGUCGGCGUUUUGGCGUCGGCGCUAGAGCGGCACCAAUCGGAGGAACGCGUGCACGUGGUGGUGAUGAUAACACUGGCCAACCUGCUGCCCAUCGACAAGGAGAAGCACGGCACCGCCUGCGAGACAGCCGCUUCUCUGAUCGAGCAGUCGAUGAGCAUGUUUCCGGAAAUAGUCGCAGUUCAGGUAGCGGCUUGCGAAGCGAUCGCCAAGUUCAGAAUAGCAGAUCUGCCGGACCCGUCUGUGUUGAUCGACUCUCUGAAGCACGUGCUCCGCCGCCACAAGGACAAGAGCGAACUGAUGAAACCAGCCGCGGCGGCUCUGAGAAUCUUCUGGCAAGAUGGUUACAGAAAAGAAGCAGAUGAAAUCCUCGAGUGUACGCCAGCUUUAAAGAGUGUUUUCUUAUCCACGGAAAUUGACGAGAAAUAACGAAAAGUCAGAAAAAUAACGGAAUGUGACGAGACUGCUGUAUAUUGAAACAUCUUUUUCUGUCAUGAAAUGUUAAAAAAUUAAUUUCGUAGUUUCCACAUGCUUAUUGUGACCGAUAUAAUAAAUCGAAACUUUAAAAUAUGCUAGUCAAAAUGAUUUAAGAGUCAAGUCGGAACCAAAUUAGUUUCAAGAAUUAUGUCGAUAACGUAUAGUAGUCUAUAUACUAUGUCCACCUGUACAUUUUAAUAUUUUGUUUCAUAUGUACAUACAAUCAUACAUAAAAGUAACGGUUUAUACGUGAACCACGCAACAGACUAUUGAAGGUAGGUGUGGUGAAAAAAAAGAGAAGAAACUCGUCUGUUAGAUGUCUGAAUAAGCCUUCUGAACUGGGCUGUCACUGUCACAAUAAUUUGAAAACAACUCGGAUGUCUGAUGGGUGGAUAUCUGCAUUGUCCUCCAGCCACAUCCAGAGCCCCUCGGAGUGUAUUUGUAAGCGGAGGACACUCAGUUCGAUGGUGGGGGGGGGGGGGGGGGGGGGGGGGGGGGAAUGAAAAUACAUGUAUUUCAGGGCCAAAACCUGUUGAUGGGGUUCGAGGGCAUACUCCUUCCACUCACCCCCUAAGAAUAUUUUUAAUUCCAGGUGUUACAAUACGGCAAUUCUGAGCACAGUAACGGAAAAGUGGGCAUGCUACCCCUUCCCCCUCUCUCAAAAACAUUUUGAAUUCUAGACGUUACAAUACGGCGCAUCUGAGCACAGUAACGGAAAAGUGAGCAUGCUACCCAUACCCCCUCUCUCCAGAACAUUUUGAAUUCUGACGUUAAAAUACGGCGUUUUUGAACACAGUAACAGGGAAAAAGCCCCUGUUCCGCAGCCCAUAAUAUUUGUUAAAAUGUCAGGAUACAGCCACAGUGCGCUUCUUGCGAAAAACUUGUCAAUUUUAAAAUGUCCAACGACCCAAGGGUUGUGAAGUACUCUAUCAAAAAUACACAGAGUUUCUGAAAUCUGAUGCCACAUAGCAUUAACUUGAUUAACUCGAAGUUCACAAGUAACAUCAAAACUAUAUGUUUACGACUAGUAGAAACACUAUGAGAAGAAACCCGACACACAUAUCCGAGGGGCGUGGCGGGAGGUCUAUACGGACUCG